AUGGCGGCGUUUACACAGGCGUCGCCUUCGACCGCGAUUCCUCCUGCGACUUCGACGCAGCCUCCCUCCUCCAAAAGACCCCUCCCCAACGGACCCUGUAACCAUCGCGAUCGGGCUGUAGGGCCUUGUGGCUGUAAUCAGUUCUGGGACAAAGGGAGUGAGGAUAUUCAUGAUGCUAGUACUGAGCAUCGACCGAGCAGCGAGCGCUCUACCUGGUGUGUAUGCGGACAUCAUGCCUGCUUCCACCAAAUGGAGUGUCGCCCGAGAGACCGGCUACCUACCCCAAUCUCGGCCAGAGCUAUCAGCGGCUCGGUGUACGAUGCGCGCGUCAAUAAUUCAUCUGGAGUAAGACCACUGAGGACAGUGCAGGAGGACGGCGCGACAUUAGGUCGUUCGCGAGUUGCGACUACGGGUACUCUAGGCCGUUCAACGAGCCAGCGACCCCAAAAUGAUAGGAUUGGACGGCCGAGCGAGCAGCCACAUGAUUCUCUCUCCGAGCCGAGCACCUCCUACCAACCUCGAAUCCCUUCGGUAUGCUUGAUGGAUACGAACGAGCGAGCUCCUUUUACAACCCACGUAGAGACACAAACAGGAGCAAAUGGGAGGAGUCAGUUCAGCCGAAGCCCUGCUGGACUCGGUCUGCUAAUGAACAUGAGUGGUGUUGGGCUGGCCGACAAUCGUCGACAGUCCUUCUCGACGGUGCCCGAUGAUGCGAGCGUACACCGCCACCGUACUGACUCUGAAGUCCCGUCAACCAAAGCCAACUCCAUAUCGGACUACAAUGCUCAGCAGAUUAACGCCGCUCACGCCACCUUGGGUCAAUUCGUAGACUAUAACCGCCAAGUCCCGCAGAUUCAUAUCAACCCGCACGAUGCCAUCCCAGACACUUAUAAUCCGGAGGACUGUAUUACAAGCGCAACAGAAGUUGCGACACCCAGCAUUCACAAUACGCCUGACCUAGCAGCUGUAGACCGUAAUGUCCAAGAAGCUAAAAGGUUUGUGGAAUCGCUCGCACGAAAUGCUGAAAGGAACGCCUCUAGUGGACCGGGAGACACACGGCCGAAUACUGCAACCCCCAAUCUGGGAGGUGGUCCUCAGCUUCUAAUAGGCAAUUCUCCCGCCAAUCCCCAAGAUCCUUUGCAUAACGCCUUCAGGUCUGCUUCGCCUCAGCUGUUGCAGAACAUCUACCCCUAUCUGGCUCCCUUGCACAAUCUGCUUAGCUCCAUUCCGAACAUUCCAUUGGCCUUCCGAGAAAUCAAUGACCGCAUAGAUGGAUUCGAGGCUAAUUCGUUUGCGCAUGUAAACCCUGACGACUUCAAUCAGCAAUGCCAGCUCCUUGAUGAACGGCUGCUGCAUCUUGAGUCACGCAUGGACGAUCACGACAAAUUGCAUACUGCGAUCGACGCCGACCAAAGCAGUCGUGACCCGUUUGCUCCCGGUCUGCGAGGACUGAGUGGAUCCGGAUCACUACAGUCUCAUCAGUCAUUCCAAAGCAGUGUAGUGCAAUCUAUGACAUCAACAUCCCUGGCCGCUGCUGCGAUUGAUCGCAAGGACAUCGAGGUCAAAUUUGAAAGCAUCGAAGAGCGUAUUGGCACCCUCGAAGCUGCAGCGUUGCCUACUUCGGUUGCGCCUUGGAAUAUUGAAGUCGUGCUGCUACCUUGGGGGAAGGAUUUGCGAGGCAUCUGGUAUUCUCCGGACGAGGCGAUGCACGAGUCGUCAGCCAGAACCCAGGACACCGAGGAAUGGACUCAAGCUCGAAGUGUGAGGUCGAUGUCAAGGAGCUCGUUGCCUUUGAACGAAGCGAACAGUGGUUGGAGCAGUCAAGCUAUUAGCCAAUGGGCGGAUGACACCGACGACUGGUUGUAUCCAAAGGCUUGCGGCCGAAAUAACCUGGCAUAUCAACGACUCCAGAGCCGAGGUUUCGUUCGUAAUGUCAGUAUCACCAGCGCGAAUGCGGGAGACAUCCAAAAUGCCAUCGGGAAAACCUUUGGAGCCCUACUCGACCAUCUAGGGUCUGCUGAUGAUGUCGAGGACGGUCAACAUUCAGACAGCGGGGAACGUUCAGUCACCACUCAUCCAGGUCUGAAGGCAUCCUUUAUUCCUCUUCGGAAAGUCUUCAAGUCAUCCAGGCUUAGAUUCCUCAGCUCGGCAGAAAUGUCCACUCCGGCUCUUUGGACGGCUCAAUUCCUCGUUUCUGGCAUUACUAUGCGACUCUCGAAAGCAGUGAGGCGACUAUACGUUACCCAGCGUGGGGCCUACCUUCAAGAGAGCAACAACAUAGAGGCUUGUUGGACGUGGCAACGCCUGCGCGAACUACCACGUAUCCGUCCCGACUCCAAGUCGUCGCAAAACGAAGGCAUCAAUUACUCUAACGCCUCCCAUGUCGCUGAAGCCGACGCCAAAGAAUCCUACUGGUCCUUCAACGUCAUGCUCGACCAACCCGCCAGCGCCACCUCCUCCUUCAGCAGCACCCAUACCGGCCAACUCACCCUCUGCCAAGCCGACCACUACCAGUGGCCUGCCGAAGAACCCAUCCCAGAAAACUUGUCCACCACCUCCAAGCCCAAAGCCCCCCUCUCACCCCUCUCCAUCUUCCCAACCCGCCGCCCCUCCCUCCACCGCCGCCGCACUCUCUCCGCCCCGCUAACUGACGACGACGCCUUCGCCACCACUCACACCGAACAACAAGCCCAGCACUCCGCAUCCACCAGCAAGCGUCGCAUCGGCGCCUCCUUCGACGCCCGCGCGCGCCGCGCCUCCCACUCCCUCUCCCGCAACCACUCCGCCUCCAAUCCCAAACGCCUCCGCCUCCACCGCUCGCCCUCCCCGUUCCCCCUGCAGCAUUACCAACCCCCUGUACCUGUUUCCCAACCCAGCUCCUCGCAAGCCGCGUUCCGCUACAUGAACACGCCCCGCCGCAGCAAGGAACCGCCGUCCCCGUUCUUCAGCAGUCCGAACCGCGUGCCGCGGAGCAACUCGAACUCGGACGCCACGUCGCGAAGCCAGUGGUCAGCGGUGGCGGGGGCGGAGAUGCGGUUUGUGCAGGGAAUGGGGCAGGGGCAGGGGGUGAAGGAGGGAGGCACGCCGUUUGCGUACGCGACGCCGCAUUCUGGGACCGUGGUUGGGGGCCGGGGGUUUGAGGGGGGUGAGGGGGAUACGGAGGUGGAUACUGUGGAUGGGGAUGCGAAUGAUGAUAGUAGGGAAAGUCGGGGUGGGCGGAGGAGUCCGAGUACGUGGAGGCCGCCGCAGAGGGUGGAUGAUGGGGAGAUGGAGGUCGAGAUGGAGAAUGGGAGGAGUGGGAACGAGGAUGAGUUGGGGAUUGAUGUGGUGGGUGGGGCGCAGGAGGUGGAGACGGAGAUGAGUAUGGGGGAGAGUGGGGACGAGGAUGGGUUGGGGGGGUUCAGUGAGGGGAGCAGUGGGAGUGAUUCGGGGUUUGCGGAGGAGGAUGAGUAUGAGGAGGAUAACGAUGAUUCUGAUGAGGAGGACGAUGGGGACCUGUUUUGAGUGUAGGAUAUUCCAUGGGUUGGUGGGGUCUUUGGGUUUCGUUUAGUUUGGUAUGGUAUGGUAUGGGAAGGGUAGGUUGAAGGAUGAUGGGGUUGGCUAGCCCCCGUCUCUUCUGGCUUUGGCUCUGGGAAAUGCCCACGCGGUGUUGGGUAUCGGUUCCUUUAUGGAUCCUCACUCAAAGUUGACGACACACGAGCGAGCGAGCGAGCGGCAUUGGGCAUAUGGGAUGCUUUCAGGGAUCUUUUUUACGUUGUAUCAUAAACUGCAGCGAUCUCCCUUCUCAAAUGGAGAGGUGAAGAUAGGGGUGUAUAGUAGAAUGUGAGAGGAUCUUAGUUUAUGUCAUGUGCUAACGGAGAUUAAAUAGUGAAGGAGACCUC